AUGGCCUCCGCUGCUCCUCCCCUCCUCCCCACCUCCGUCCCGGCCGCCGCCCCCGCCACCGUCCUCUCCGCCGCUCUCGACGCCGCCACCUCCAUCGCCUCCCCGGACCCGGCCGCCACGCGCGCCUUCCUGGGCCGCGUCUACGACUCCGCCAAGCGCUCCCUCUCGGGCGCCCGCCCCUGGCCGGAGCUCCUGGACCGCGCCGCGCUCUCCCGCCCGGACUCCCUCUCCGACGCCACCGCGCGCCUCCGCAAGAACCUCGCCUACUUCCGCGUCAACUACGCCGCGCUCGUCGCGCUCUCCCUCGCCGUCGCGCUCCUCGCCCACCCCUUCUCCCUCGCCGCCCUCCUCGCGCUCCUCGCCGCCUGGUGCUUCCUCUACCUGCUCCGCCCCACCGACGCCGCCCCGCUCGUCGCCUUCGGACGCACCUUCUCCGACAGGGAGACGCUCGGCGGCCUCAUCGCCGCCUCCGUCUUCAUCGUCUUCCUCACCUCCGUCGGCGGGAUCAUCUUCUCCGCGCUCGCGCUCGGCGCCGCCAUCGUCUGCGCGCACGGGGCAUUCCGCGUGCCAGAGGACCUCUUCCUCGACGAGGUGCCCGACCAGGGCCUCGGAGGAGGCGGCGCCACCCUCAACCUGCUCUCCUUCAUCAACGGCGCCACCGGAGGACGCGUCUGAGUCCACCUCUCCGCUCUGCUCUGCUCUGCUCCUCCGAAGAGACGAGUCCUCGUUGGCUUGUUUCAGAUCGUCAUAUGUACUACAAGGAGAAGAAGAUUAGGAGACGAUGAAUUCAUGUUAUACAACAGAUACAGUAUUAUACACAUAAGAAACGAACCCUGCCUGCUGGAUCUAGUUUUGUUUCAUUUUUUUGCAUUUCAUAUUGCUGUAUGGUGACAAGGUUGAGCUUAUUACUAGUAUUGAGAUUCUUAUGAUAAAUCUCGAAAACAAAUUUUCA